AUGGCACCAUCUUUCCUGUUCAUGCUCUUCUGUCUGCUCUUUCUUGCUGUAAUCGUAAAUGCAGCAGAUCUCUACAAAGCUCUAGAGCUCUCCAAGUCUGCUUCUGAGCAAGACAUCAGGAAAGCGUACAAAAGGCUGAGUCGAAAAUACCACCCGGACAAGAACAAAGAUGCAGGUGCUGAGGAGAAAUUCGUAGAGAUCGCCCAUGCAUAUGAGGUACUCUCGGACCCACAAAAAAAACAAAUAUAUGACCGUCACGGAGAGGAAGGCCUGAAAGCCCAUGAGAGUGGACAGCAGCCCCAUGCAAACCCCUUCGACAUGUUCUCGAGUUUCUUUGGCGGCGGGCAUCCCGGACAGCAACAAGUGCGCCGGGGACCAACGUCAAUCACUGAGAUGGAAGUCAAUCUCUCAGACAUUUAUAUGGGUGCUAGUAUAGAUUUCUUGAUCAAGAAGCGUAUCCUUUGCGACCACUGCCGCGGGACUGGUGCUGCUUCCUCGUCAGACAUCCACACCUGCCCCGUGUGCGGCGGCUCCGGCGUGCAGAUCGUGCGGCAGCAGAUAAUGCCGGGCAUGUUCUCGCAAGCACAGGUCACGUGUGGGCAGUGUGGAGGGCGCGGGAGCACGAUCACACGCGCGUGUCCGCAUUGCGGUGGUGCAAAAGUACUCGAGCACACGCAGACGUACACGCUCGAUGUGCCCCGCGGCGCGCCCGAGGGCCACGAGGUCAUGUUCGAGGGCGAGGGCGACGAGAGUCCCGACUGGGAGGCGGGCGACAUUGUCAUGCGCGUCCGGAGCAAGAAAGAUAAGGGCGGAUGGCGCCGUAAGGAGAGUGGGCUGUACUGGAAGGAGACGAUCGGCAUCGAGGAGGCACUAUUGGGCUUCGAGCGGAAUCUGACUCAUCUUGAUGGUCAUGUAGUACCAUUAAAGCGACACGGUGUUACCCAGCCAGGGUAUGUACAAACCAUCAAGGGAGAGGGCAUGCCGGUGUACGGUCAGAACUCGUUCGGUGAUCUAUACGUAGAGUAUACUGUGGUUCUUCCUAAAGAGAUCUCGCCUGACAUGCAACGACGUCUACGUGCUGUCUUGCAUGGACAUGAAGGGAGCUUCAAGGACGAGCUGUAA